GCGAUCACCAAAGGCUUGUCUUCCCUCUUCGCCUCCUCUUCCUCCCGGCUCAUACCUCUCCUCUACCUCAAAGCCCCCCCUGCUCCCUUCUCAUUCAACCUCCGGCGCGGCUUCUCCUUUACCGCCACCCCUUACCCCCUCUACUACGAGCUCGUACGCUACCGGCCGGCGCGCCGCCGACGCCCAAACGCCCAUGAGGGCCCCGACCACUUGCCCUCCACUUCUCCAGACGACGCCGCUGGGUCCGCCGCCCCGGAGAGGCCCGCGAUGGACCGCUCCAAGCGGCGGUACUACCGCAAGCGGCAGCGCCGGAUGUACGGCGGAUCUGACUCUGAAGACGACGGCCGCGGCGGCGCGGAUGACGGGUUCGUCGAACUCAAGCCGGAAGUCAUUGACUUCCCGCGCCUCCACGCCCGCGAGGAGGAGCUCUACUUCUACGACGCGUUAGCCUAUCCCUGGGAGAAGGAGAAGCACUACCGCAUGGUGUACCAGCUUGAGAAGAAAUAUUUCCCCCAGUAUUCCCUUGAUAAAGCCUUCAUCGACCCCAGUGCGGAGCCGGUGCCGUCGGCAUCGUCUGAGGAAGGAGCAGAAAAGAAGGGGAGGAAGUCAGGGAAGUCAAAGAAGGAGAAGGAUGACCGUGAGGAGAGGGACGAGAGAGCUUUGAUCUUCUUUGAGGAAACAGAGGAGCAGAAGGAGAAACCUGCUGCUCGUGGUGUUACGGAGAAGAAAGUGGAGGAGUUCUUCAAGUGUUACAGCAAAGUCCCAAAAGCCGGUGACAGGCAGAAGGCUGUUGCUACCACUGACACGAAGGACCAAGGAGAGCCGCAUCUAGUGAGCAGAAAGACUGAGUUUCCUCCAAGAUGGGAUGGGCCAUCAGGGACGGUCGUUCUUGUGGACAAACCUAAAGGAUGGACCUCAUUUACUGUUUGUGGAAAGCUGCGACGCUUAGUCAAAGUGCAAAAGGUUGGGCAUGCUGGUACUCUUGACCCUAUGGCCACAGGAUUGUUAAUUGUUUGUGUCGGUAAAGCCACCAAAUUGGCCGAGAGAUAUCAAGGUAUGAUCAAAGGAUAUAGUGGUGUUUUUAGGCUCGGAGAGGCUACAUCAACUUGGGAUGCUGAUUCACCGGUCAUUCAACGAGAACCAUGGGAACACAUCAAAGAUGAGGAUAUAAAAAAGGUUGCUGCAUCAUUCUUGGGAGAGAUAUUGCAAGUUCCGCCAAUGUUUUCUGCAAUCAAGGUAGGUGGUGAAAAGAUGUAUGAGAAAGCAAGGAGAGGAGAAAUGAUUGAGUUAUCACCAAGGCGUAUAUCGAUAUAUGAUUUUGCUAUUGCACGCAGCUUGGAUGACAGACAAAAUUUGAUAUUCAGAGUCAUCUGCUCUAAAGGAACAUACAUUCGGUCUCUUUGUGCUGAUUUUGGAAAAGCUCUUGGCAGCUGUGCUCAUUUGACUGCCCUUCGGAGAGACUCAAUUGGAGAAUUUUCAGUCGAUGAUGCAUGGAGUUUUGAAGAACUACAGGAGCACAUUGUCAAGGGAUACUUCUAAUGGUGAACUUGUCCGAUGCAUACUGUAUCAAGGAAACUAAUCUAUAAAUGGCUGAAUCCACCAUCUGAAAAUUUCUCAGUGGUGCCGAGCAUUCUCUCAGUGAGUUCAUUCUGUUCCAUUUUUUUUUCCUUCCGCCUUUAGAUUCCUCAAAUAUUCAAGGAAGGGUUUUGCAUUGUCUCUAUACGCUCGUAUUGGUCUAAAUUCAUAUCCUAGUAUAUUGUCAUAUUCUCCUGAUUUUAAAGCAUGAUGAUUAGACAUGAAAGUGAACUUUAUCAUGACUAGUAUCGAGUUCUUUUUGUAUGAUCGAUAAUCAUGACAUAUUUAAAAGGUUCUUCAGCAUUCAAGAAAAGAAAUAUCAAAUAUGUGGACUUA